AACAUAUCCCGAUCACACCUUCGCCAGCAGAUGGACCGUGUUGGCGUGGCGCCGCAGCGUCGCCUUAUGCUUGAACUGUGACCAACAGUCCGGACACUGGUAGGGAAAGUCCUUCGCGUGUAUCCGUAUGUGGUCCGCCCACUGGUCCCGCUCCGGGAAGCUUUCGCUGCACACCCGGCACCGGUACUUGCUGAACGCGAAGCAGCUGCGGCUUCGCAUGUGCCGUGCCAGGGACGGGGCGUGCUGGAACUGGGCCAAACAGUUCGGGCAGUGGUGCUGCCGGCCGGCCACAUGCGUCCGCUUGCCGUGCUCGGCUAGUUCGGCCACCGUGCGGAACGAUUUCGGGCAGUACCGGCACCGAUUGCUCCGCUCGCCGGUGGUUUUGCUCGCGCUGGAGACGAUCGACGGCUUCGGUUGCUGCUUCGCUGCUGGUAGUGGUGUUGUUGUUGUUGGGCAUGGAACAACCACGGUCGUCGUUUCGCGCUUGGCGGGUGCUUCAUUGCCACUGCCACUGUUGUCGUCGUCACCGUUGGCAACGACCGUCGUCACUUGGAUGAGAUCAUUCACCUUGUUGCUGCGCACGCGAAAGUGGUAGAAAUCCUGCACCGCCUGCAGACACCGGCGACAGAUGGCACAUCCCGCGUCCACCGUGCAGGAGAGCUAAAAAUAACGCACACCAUAUUAGCGCUUGGAUGGCCGAAAAGGGCCCACAAAGUUCAGCAUGUGUGUGUGUGUGUGUCUGUAUUGAACCGCGACUGUGGCUGAGCGUCAAGGUGAACUGGCCUGCCUUGCAGUGAGUCGAAGCGUCACCUUCAACGCGUACGAGGAAGUGUGGCCGCAUAUAUACAACUACCUUUAUGUUGGUGCAUUCGUAGAUCUUCUCUACCAGCUCAGUCGAGGAGCUGCUGCCCGUGUGGCCAUCAUUAUGCAGGGGCUUUUCCGUCGCAAACACUCCCAAAAGGCUUUCCUUUCCGAGGCAUAGGCGGCAGUACGUUUCCGGUCCUGCGGUGGGACUGUGGGAAAAAGGGGAAGAUAAUAAAAAAGGCAAUUACAAAACAUUAGAAUCCUUAACACAUAUUCCCAUGCUUCCCCUAUGACUCACAUUUUCAUCGUCGUCAGCAGCUCCAUGAUGGUUGGAUGUUGGAUGAAAAGAUGAACGUUUCUCUUUCCCCUUCGACACAAUGCAAAUCUUUGAAGAGACGCUGCGCUGCCAGAACCCGACCAAGAGCCGCUGCUGUGCACUUGUAAUUGUGUAUUUCACAACUUGCGCUGGUUUGCUGCCGCCACUGCACCGCACUCUUGUCGCCCUCAUUUUCGCUGUGGCAACGCGCGCGCUUUGUUUAACAACAACCCGGCCUUCUACGAUUGGUACGAGCGGCGGACACUACACAGCACACACACACACACGCACACAUGCCCCCUUCAAUCAGCUGGUGCGCCUGGGGUACGGUAGUGUACGUGCCAUCGCGCAUCAGCAAAACACUUUUGACAGCUGACUACACACAGAGAGCGCGAGAGCUGGCUGGCUGGCUGGCUGGCUGCUAUUUGUUUGUUGUUUUACGUGGUUUCAGUUUUGCGCAACAACCGUGCCAAAGGUUUUUUUUUUGCACACGAUGAGCGAACAACGGCGACGCGUUUUGGAUCUUUACAAGCGGCUGCAGUACAUGGGCCGCGAGUAUCCGGGUGGGCCGGAAAAGUUCCGCCAGCGGUGCUACAACGCGUUCAAGCGGCAGAGCACCGAAACCGAUCCGGAAAAGAUCGAGAAAGCGAUCGGGCUGGGCGAGUACGUGGUGAAGGAGAUAGAAGCACUGUACAGCCUGCGGAAGUAUCGAGCGAUGAAGCGACGAUAUUACGACGAAAAGUGAGGGCAGACGGUACACCAUACGCUUGGAGAUCGUGCCGCCGUCGUCCCUGAUGAUGAUGUUGAUAACAAAUUGAGAGAUUAUUGGUAUGACCUUAGAAAGGCAGGGUCCGAGGUUUGGGCGGCAACAGUUUUUGCGAAGGUGGAAGCUUGACCGUAGUCCUUACAACAGGAAGCGAUGUACCGUACCGAUACCGUAACGAACGGGUAUAAGAGAAAAGUUUAUGGUUCCCUUUUUUCUACCGCAGUAACUAACUCAGUUUUUGUAGAAAAAUUAGAAGCAAACUACAAAUAAAAACAACAAAAUGUAACUUUCCUAUCUAAA